GUAUUUCGGCCAUCUUCAUCUCUGUAAAGACUCAACAUCUGUGUCUGGUAAAAUUUUGAUGGCGCUUUUUAUGGCAACGUUUCCGGCAACGAUUUGUGGAAAAGUCAGAACUGCUCAUGGUGACUCUCUCGUGACAUCAUUUGGUCUCAGUGGGAUUCGUGCUCUUCCGACGAACAAUAGGACCAGGCGAGGUUUGAUCCAGAGGGCCCGUUGCGAUUCUGAUUCUGAUUCUGCGUCUAAGGCAGUAAACAUCACUGCCCUCGAGGAGCUACAAGAUUCUACCGCUGACAGUCAUACAAAGCAAAGAAGCAGCAUCCUGGUGAUCGGACUUAGCAUUCACACAUCUCCUGUCGAGAUGCGUGAGAAGCUUGCCAUUCCAGAAGCGGAAUGGCCACGAGCAAUUGGCGAAUUGUGUUGUUUGAGUCAUAUCGAAGAGGCUUGUGUACUUAGUACCUGCAACCGCACGGAGAUAUAUGUUUCUAGCUCUAUCUCAGCACCAAGGAGUGAAAGAAGUGACCGAAUGGAUGUCAAAGAUAUUUCUCAGCACCGUUUUGUGUUGUACAACAAGGACGCUACGCAGCAUAUAUUCGAAGUCUCAGCUGGUCUCGAUUCGCUUGUCCUAGGAGAAGGUCAGAUCCUUGCACAGGUGAAACAAGUCGUUAGAGUUGGUCAAGGAGUGAAUGGGUUUGGGAGGAAUAUCAGCGGGCUGUUUAAACAUGCGAUAACCGUUGGGAAGCGUGUCAGAACAGAGACAAACAUUGCUGCUGGGGCGGUUUCAGUUAGCUCAGCCGCCGUCGAACUUGCUCUAAUGAAGCUUCCAGAAUCUUCACAUGCAUCCGCUAGGAUGUUGGUAAUAGGGGCAGGAAAAAUGGGAAAGCUUGUGAUAAAGCAUUUAAUGGCCAAGGGGUGCACAAAGAUGGUGGUGGUCAACAGAAGUGAAGAGAGAGUUACAGCUAUCCGUGAGGAGAUGCCGGGUGUUGAGGUUAUAUAUCGACCUCUGGAUGAGAUGCUAGCUUGUGCUGCAGAAGCGGAUGUUGUGUUUACCAGCACAACCUCUGAGACUCCAUUGUUCUUAAAGGAGCAUGUAAAGGAUCUCCCCUCUACUGGUCCCGAGGUUGGAGGCGUGAGACUUUUUGUCGAUAUCUCUGUUCCUAGAAAUGUUGGAUCUUGUGUUGGCGAAGUAGAAACAGCACGGGUUUACAAUGUUGAUGACCUCAUGGAAGUUGUUGCUACCAAUAAAGAGGAAAGGGUGAGGAAAGCAGCGGAAGCUCAGGCCAUUAUCACAGAAGAAUCUAUAAAGUUUGAAUCAUGGAGGACUUCAUUGGAGACGGUUCCCACGAUCAAGAAAUUACGAGCUUAUGCGGAGAGAAUCAGAGUGGCAGAGCUCGAGAAGUGCUUGUCCAAAAUGGGAGAUGACAUCGACAAGAAAACGAGGAGAGCAGUUGAUGACCUAAGCCGAGGUAUUACGAAGAGAUUCCUUCACGGUCCAAUGCAGCAUUUGAGAUGUGACGGGAGUGACAGUAGAGCGCUGAACCAGACUCUAGAGAAUAUGCAUGCUCUGAACAGAAUGUAUGGUCUCGAGAAGGAAAUGUUGGAGGAAAAGCUUAACUAGGGCAAAGGUGGGACAACAUAAAUAAAGAGAAGAAGAUGAUGUUUAUCUCUUGUAACAGACAAUAUUAAUUCGAACUAGCUUCCACAAAACCAAGUAAAUUGCAUAGAUCUUA